UUCGUGUGCGCGGUAGUUUCACCACGGAGCGUUUCCUUUUUCCGUUGCGCUGCGUUGUGUUGAACAAUUUAAUGUGGAGUGCUUUCGUUGUGUUUAAGUUUUUGUUUUUAUAUUUUGCUUAUUCGAAGCUUACGUUUAGUAAGAAAUAUACCUGACUUUUAAUUUCGAGACAAUGUAUAGGCAGAGUUUUCGACAUCCAGCUCCCCCGAGCAAUGGUGGUAUGGUUCAAAGAGCCGGAAGAUUUCAGAGUCCACCACCAGGAGAUAUAUACGGAGGUGGAGGUGGUGGCCAUGCAAGCUUGAUACACUCUCAGGCUUGGGGAUUUCCUAAUUCGACGUCUCCUACAGGAGGCCAAGGGCACUGGCCUUAUUCUGGAAAAUCUCCUAAUACUCCUCCGAAGAUUUUUCACGGCAGUAACUGCGGCGGCGGCGGUGGCGGUGGCGGUAUGGGAAGGUAUAGCAGUCCGUCUCCGGGUCAUACCCCGCGGAGACAGAGUCCUAGGUACACGCCUCCAUAUGGUACUUCACCGGGAGGCCAUCCAUACCAACAACAGCAGCGGCAUCAGCGCAGUCCGGGACAGCAGAGAAGCUAUCAGGGUUCACCAAGGACAUCUACACCAUUUGCUUCUGCACGCGGCAUAGAGAAAAGAGUGUCUAAUGAUGUGGAAAACUAUUACAGACCUUCAAUGCUUGAGGAUCCCUGGGCUAGCCUAGAGCCAGUUAAUGUUAAAGACAUUAACCUGCAGUUCAGCAAAGAACAAACAACCAAUACUGGUAAAAGAGGGAGGUAUUUCAGUUGAAAUAUUUCUAGACCUCCCCUUUUUUAUUGCAGUAACACGUCACUAUUUCCUUUUUUAUUAAAUUACAAGUGGAUACAGUACUUGUUACAUAAUCUCAUCAACUGAGCACCUACAUGUAUUUUAGUUUAAAUCCAUAAUGUUUUAAUUUAGUGGGAGCAUUAUUUUUAUUACUGCAAACUUUUUACAAAGAUUGAAUAACUGAACUAUUCAAAUUCAUGGGGUUUUGGAAGUGCCUCAUUCAUCUUACAUGUCGGUUGUUUCGUUAUCACCAGCAGUCCGCAACUUGAACAGUUGUUCACAGUUUACCUCUUUGUACUUAUAGGCACAUAAAAAAAAAAUAAAUCCCCAAUUUAUCCUUUUUUUCUGAAGAUAUAAUUCAAAUGGACUUACUUUUAUUUUACUAUAUUUUUAAAAUAACUUUUCAAUUGUGUUAAAGUGAAAAUUUGUAAAUUUUUUUCUUAAACUGUAAAAAAAAAUUGAACUGUCCGAAAAGUUUGUAUUUGUGCACACAUAUGUACUACAAUACUAUAUAUGAUAUAUAGUAUAAAAUUCUUUUUUUUUUUGGAUGCUGUAUUUGUGACCUAUAUGCUAGAUUAAUGAUAGUCAUUGCUCUUUCUCAAGUUCAAGGAAAAAAAAAUAAACACAUUCUCAGGUAACCUCUUUUUUUUAAACAGGUAAGAGUUAGAAAAAAAUGAGCUGAGUUAAAAAUAUUUUUAAACAUAUAUUCAGGUAUAUACAAGUUAUGAGCCAUUAUGUAGAUUUUAUUUUUUCUGUUUCCCAUUUACUUGUAUUCAGAUAUGUGCAACAAAAUGUUGCAUAUUAACCAUGUUAAAAGUGUGUUUUGGUUUUUUUUUAACCUUUAGUUAAAGAUAUGUUUUAAUGGACAUUUUUUUAAUUUAGCCCUUUAUUUAAAAGGCAGCUAGUGUCCCUACUCUACUGUGAUUGAGAUUCAAAUUUUAAGCAUUUGUUUGUAAGGUGUUCUACUUGUUUUUUUUAAGGUUUUAGUGCAAUGUGUGGACAAACUGAAUGAGUUUUGCAUGCUCUGUUAAUUGGGUCCCUGAGAAAGCACAUAGAAGCCAAGUGAAACUGUACCUUGUUUCUGAUUGCUUUAUAUUUCUGUGUGAGCAACCAUAGGCUACAUUAAAAAGAGCCUCAUUAGUAAGCCAUAUACUACAUUUUAUGAAACAUUUGAAUUUCACCAAGGAUAUAAAUCACUGCCUGUUUAAAAAAAAAAAAAAAACAGUUCUCUCAAAAAUUACAUAAGAAUUUUCAUAUUCCGUCAAAGUUCAUUGCUAAAUCUACUGCCCUUGAUAAAUUAUUUCUCUGUAAAAUACAUCCAUAAUUGCAAAUCAAUCACAGUAAUGAAACUGUCAAGAAUAGUUCCAAUACAGACAUAAAAUGAAUUGUCUGAUUAAAUGUUAUAAAAGCUAUAAGGCUUUCACUGAUGGAGUAAUUGAUGUGUUUAUAUCUAGUCCAAGAUAAAAUGAUAGGACAUGUCAAUCUGACAAAGUCUGAGGUGAAGAAAAAUUGCAUUUCAUUUAAAAAUUGUUAAUUAUAAUAAAAAGCCUUUGCAAAUAUUUGACUUUUCUACUCAAUGCUUGUGACUUCACAUCACAAGUAAAAUAAUUAAAAGUAGAAUAGUUGUAUUUUUUCAGAAUGCAUAUCAAAAAUAAAUCCUUUUAAAAAUGAA